CGCGGCCCGCGGGUCCCUCCAUCUUGGUGGCCCCGCGCGGCCCGUCGGUCGCUCGGUCCGUCCGUCCGUCCCGCCCGCCUCCCUCCCUCCUCGUCAUUGUCUGCGAGCGGCGGCGCGGCGGCGGCGGCGCUUAUAAGGCGGCGGGCAUUGCCCGGAUGUGAGCGGCUGGCGAUGUGUCUGCCCGGGAAAGAUGCGAUUAUCCGCGUCUCCGCGGGGGAGGCCGCGCUGCUGAGGAGGAGGAGGAGGAGAGCGCUGUAAACUUGGAACAACUUUGGGACGGGCGGCUCCGCGCUCGCUCGGGGGCUUUUGCCUUUUUUUUUGUUGUUUUUUUUUAAGGAAGGCCGGAGGGAAAGUCCCGCAGCCGCCACGGCGCCCGCACGGUGUCACUCACCAUGUGUCUGUAAAAACAAAAGAGGGAAAAGUUGUCGGACCUUCUUUUUUCCUUUCUUUUUCUCCAUUUUUUGGUUGGUUUCCUGCUCGGCCGGCUGGGUGGGGAGCCCAGACCCCAACAAAGCCAGGUGUAGGGAGCCUGUAAACCCGGAGUACGCGGAGCAGCACUGACACACUUUGCCUGGUUCUGGAGGGUCACACACGUGUGAGAUAAUAAAGCACUUUGGCAGAAGAAUCCUUUUUUGUAUUUUUAAUUUUUGUUCAUUUUUUUUUCCCUUGGAAUAUUGUGACCAUAUUUGUGGCCAUUUAAGGUUUGUGUGAUUUUGCUAAAAUGCAUCACCAACAGCGAAUGGCUGCCUUAGGGACGGACAAAGAACUGAGUGAUUUACUGGAUUUCAGUGCGAUGUUUUCACCUCCUGUGAGCAGUGGGAAAAAUGGACCGACUUCCUUGGCAAGUGGACAUUUCACUGGCUCAAAUGUAGAAGACAGAACUAGCUCAGGGUCCUGGGGGAAUACAGGACAUCCUAGUCCAUCCAGGAACUAUGGCGAUGGGACUCACUAUGAUCAUAUGGCGAGCAGAGACCUCGGGUCGCACGACAAUCUCUCUCCUCCCUUUGUCAAUUCCAGAAUACAAAGUAAAACAGAAAGGGGUUCCUACUCAUCCUAUGGAAGAGAUUCGAAUUUACAAGGUUGCCACCAGCAAAGUCUCCUUGGAGGUGAGAUGGAUAUCGGCAACCCCGGAGCGCUGUCCCCCAGCAAGCCCGGCUCCCAGUACUACCAGUACUCCAGCAAUAACCCGCGCCGGAGGCCUCUCCACAGCACCUCCAUGGAAGUCCAGACAAAGAAAGUUCGCAAAGUUCCUCCAGGUUUGCCAUCCUCCGUUUAUGCCCCGUCAGCAAGCACUGCCGACUACAAUAGGGAUUCACCGGGUUAUCCAUCCUCAAAACCAGCAGCCAGCACUUUUCCCAGCUCCUUCUUCAUGCAAGAUGGCCACCACAGCAGCGACCCGUGGAGCUCCUCCAGCGGGAUGAACCAGCCCGGCUACGGGGGGAUGCUGGGCAACUCCUCCCACAUCCCCCAGUCCAGCAGCUACUGCAGCCUGCACCCGCACGACCGCUUGAGCUACCCGUCCCACUCCUCAGCAGACAUCAACUCCAGUCUUCCUCCGAUGUCCACCUUCCACCGCAGUGGCACCAAUCACUACAGCACGUCUUCUUGCACGCCCCCUGCCAACGGGACGGACAGCAUCAUGGCCAACAGAGGAAGCGGGGCGGCAGGCAGCUCGCAGACCGGGGACGCGCUGGGGAAAGCACUCGCCUCUAUCUAUUCUCCAGAUCACACCAACAACAGCUUUUCAUCAAAUCCUUCAACUCCUGUUGGUUCUCCCCCUUCUCUCUCAGCAGGCACAGCUGUUUGGUCUAGAAAUGGAGGUCAAGCGUCAUCAUCUCCCAAUUAUGAAGGUCCCUUACACUCUUUGCAGAGCCGCAUCGAGGACCGCCUGGAGCGGCUGGACGACGCCAUCCACGUCCUGCGCAACCACGCCGUGGGCCCCGCCACCGCCAUGCCCGGCGGCCACGCCGACAUGCACGGCUUGAUAGGGCCCUCGCACAACGGAGCCAUGGCCGGGCUGGGCUCCGGCUACGGCACCGGCCUGCUCUCCGCCAACCGCCACUCGCUCAUGGUCGGCGCGCACCGCGAGGACGGGGUCAGCCUCCGCGGGAGCCACUCGCUCGUGCCAAACCAGGUCCCGGUGCCCCAGCUGCCCGUCCAGUCCGCCACGUCCCCGGAUUUGAACCCGCCCCAGGACCCGUACAGGGGCAUGCCGACCGGACUGCAGGGACAGAGCGUCUCUUCGGGCAGCUCCGAAAUCAAAUCUGACGACGAGGGAGACGAAAACCUCCAGGACACCAAGUCUUCUGAGGACAAGAAACUAGAGGAUGACAAGAAGGAUAUCAAAUCAAUUACUAGGUCAAGAUCUAGCAAUAACGACGACGAAGACCUGACACCGGAGCAGAAAGCCGAGCGGGAAAAGGAGAGGAGAAUGGCCAACAACGCCCGGGAGCGCCUGCGCGUCCGCGACAUCAACGAGGCGUUCAAGGAGCUGGGCCGCAUGGUGCAGCUCCACCUCAAGAGCGACAAGCCCCAGACCAAGCUCCUGAUCUUACACCAGGCUGUGGCCGUCAUCCUCAGCUUAGAGCAGCAAGUCCGAGAAAGAAACCUGAACCCGAAAGCAGCGUGUCUGAAAAGAAGGGAAGAAGAGAAGGUGUCUUCAGAUCCUCCUCCGCUUUCGCUGGCAGGACCGCACCCUGGCAUGGGAGACGCCUCCAACCACAUGGGACAGAUGUAAAAACAGGUCCAAGUUGCCACAUUUCUUCAUUUAAGCAAGAGACCACUUCCUUAACAGCUGUAUUAUCUUAAACCCACAUAAACACUUCUCCUUAACCCCUUUUUUGUAAUAUAAGACAAGUCUGAGUAGUUAAGAACCGCAGACGCAAGAGAUUUCAGCAUUCCCGAUUAUUAAAACCGAGAGGAAAAAGACAAACGAGCAAACAACCAAGUGCAACUUGAGGGCCGCCUCUCUUUAACAUAUCACGCAGAAUGUCUAACGCAGUAUGUUCCGAGCUGUCCGUGCACAGCCUAGAGACUGAAUGGCAAUCUUCUCCACACUGUGGGACAAUGCAUUUGUGCCUAAACUUCUUUUGGAAAAAAAAAAAAAAAAAAAAGAUAUAAUUAAUUUGUAAGUCUGAAGAAAAAAAAAAAAAAAACUAUUUAAUUUAAAAUUGUAAACUUGCAAUAAUGAAAAAGUGUACUUCUGAAGGAAAGCAGAACGAGCGCUUUUGUUGGUGUGCUAGACAGCUAGUGUUUCUACUUACUGGAUAUUCAAAGGGAAGCUUUGCUGCCCAGAUCUUACAAAACCAGCAAACGUCCUAAUGAAAACGGAAGCGAUGACAUUAGCCAUUCCUUAGGGUAGGAGGAACAGAUGGAUCUUAUAGACCUAUGACAAAUAUAUAUAUAUAUAAAUAUAUAUAUAAAUAUAUAUUAAAAAUUUAGUGACUAUGGUAAGCUUUUGUUCCUUCGUUUCAGACUUUUUUGCUCCUGUAAAAAAAUAGUACUGAUUAACUUUUUUAAGAAGAAGAUUUUACUGUAAAUAAGGGUUUUUUGGUCUGAUUUCUGUCCCUCUCCCCUUGGCUUUUUUUUGGGUUCUUUUGGUUAUGGUGACCUGUAGUGCCAACUCUGUCUCUGGAGGGGUAGUGCAGGACGAAACACUGACCCUGACGUUGCUUCUCAUUCAUAAUUAAGAGUAGAAAGUCGUUUCUUGGGGCCGUGGGGCGGAGGGGACGGCGGGAGCGCCCCCCCCGGCCGCUCCGCUCGCCCCCUUUUCUUCUGGGAUUUUCAGAGGUACAAGGUUAGAAUGCUACAAAUCGUUACCACUGUGCCUUCCAAUGUUUCUAUCAUCGGGAAAAACCACACAGACCAAUAAAAACCACAAACCCAUGACAUGCUGGAAGUGGCUGCGAGCCCGGCGCGGGUGCCGCGUCCCCCGCCUGAGUCCGCGCUCAGAUUCGGGGCGACGGGGGGACCAUCGCGGGGCGGGGGGGGAUCGCAAGUAGCGUGCUAGAUCCGAUUGAUUUCCUUUUUCCGUUGUUCCGUUUCGUUUUUUAAGUGGAUUAUUUAAGUGUAGACCACUCGCUGCCUCCUCCUUUCUUUGUGAAAUGCCAAUUUUUGGUCAUCAUGCAGCAUUAUUCUAACAAGCCUUAUGAGUCCUAAAGCAUUAAGUUGCACUUUGUCCAGGAGGGGUGGUAGAGCAGGAUUUUCUCUGGCCAGUACGAAUGAAGUUUUUACUUAACAUAUUUAAUAGUAACAUAUAUGGCACAGCAGCUCAUCAGAGAACUAGCUUUGAAGUCUGGGCACAAUUGAACCAACUUCCAUAGUGAAUCCGAAUUAACGCCGGACUUUGGUGUACAGUACGAUUACCAGAUAGUGCUCCUAGUUAAGUAUUUGUCAGCAUCCUUUUGUCUCGAGUUCCAGUCUCUAUUUUUACAGCCACACCGACCUGGCGUGUAUUUGAAAUAAAACCGAGUCGGUUUUUUUCCCCACCUAUCAAUAGACACUGAAUAAAUGCCAUAAAUCCAUCCAACGGUCUAAAUGUUCCAUCUGUUCUCCUGUUUUGCCAGUUAUAUAGUAAUGAAAAGACAUUUGUAAAUUUUAUGCAACAAAUGGCAAACGUAUCAUUAUUUUGAAAUUGUGUAUGUAAAAGUUAUAUUUUUACAUGUAGACUCUUGUUAUUAUGUGUUUUAAUACAUUGUAUCGGUUCUUUUGUUUAUAAAAAUCUGUGUGGUUGAAAACAGAAAAAAAGUCUCAUUUAAAUGAAAUAGUGAGAUACGAGAAUCUGAAUUUUAUGUUUGUUUCUGAAAAAACGUAAAGAACAAAUAUGAUAGUUACCACGUGCUCACCUCCGACAUCCCCAUCCCCAUUCGGAUUAGCUGUGUGCGUGCUGAGACCUGUAAAUAUGUUCAGUAGCGAGAAAACUUUCUCAGUGCUUUGAUUUGCCGAUAAGUUUCUCAAAUGUGGAGGUGGAUUGACCCGCUAGGGCAGGCGCCGGAGGAGCCCCCAGAGCUUCCCCGCGGAGCAGGUUUAGCUGAGAGGGGGAUUAACAAAGCUUGAGCCCAGCUCUGCCGCUCCGCGCCGCGCGGCUUCUCCCUGCGGAUGGCGCCGAGAGCGCGAUGCCCGCCAACAAGCCAUAGAGGUGUGUUUUCCAGAUGCCGAGCCGGUGGGUCCCGCCGGGUUUCGGUCCGGAGACCGUCCCUGAGACGCUGAGGACCGCGCUCGCUGCCCGUACGAACCGUGCGAAACGCCAAACAAAAUGAUAAGACCAGCUUCGUGUUUAUUUACAGCGAUCUGUGGACAGAAAAUGAAGGACAAGUUUAGCUUCUGGAACUUAAAAGAAAUAAAGAAAGGUCUCGCGCUGAACUCAAGGAGCAGCUCGGGGUGAUGCUCACAGCGCCGUGGGACGGAUGGCGGCGGGAUGGAUCCGGCAGGAUGAUGCCAGCGGGGUGGAUCCGGCGGGAUGGAGCCAGCAGGAUGGAUCCAGCAGGAUGAUGAUGAUGCCAGCAGGAUGGAUCCAGCAGGAUGGAUCCGGUGGGAUGAUGUCAGCAGAAUGGAUCCAGCAGGAUGAUGGUGCUGCGGGCGAGAUGGAUCCGGUGGGAUGAUGCCAGCAGGAUGGAUCCGGUAGGAUGAUGGUGCUGCCGGUGGGAUGGAUCCAGUGGGAUGAUGCCAGCAGGAUGGAUCCGGUAGGAUGAUGAUGAUGCCAGUGGGAUGGAUCCAGUGGGAUGAUGGUGCUGCCGGCAGGAUGGAUCCAGCGGGAUGAUGAUAAUGCCAGAGGGAUGGAUCCAGUGGGAUGAUGCCAGCAGGAUGGAUCCAGCGGGAUGAUGAUGCUGCCAGCGGGAUGGAUCCGGUGGGAUGAUGCCAGCAGGAUGGAUCCAGCGGGAUGAUGAUGCUGCCGGUGGGAUGGAUCCAGCAGGAUGGAUCCAGCGGGAUGGUGAUGCUGCCGGUGGGACGGAUCCAGCAGGAUGAUGCCAGCAGGAUGGAUCUGGUGGGAUGAUGACGCUUCUGGCGGGAUGAUGCCAGCAGGAUGGAUCCAGCGGGAUGGAUGCAGCGGGAUGAUGAUGCUGCCGGCGGGACGGAUGCUGCCAACACCUCCCGAGCUCGCGGCCCUGACUCCCCGCAGGACGCGCCCUCGUCCAUGGCGGCUUUCAGAACCGCAGCUCCGCUCCAGCUGCCGCAGGGUCUCCAAAGGAACCCCCCGGUGCGUAAGUGGGGAAUUCCCCGUGGUCCCCCAGCCCAGGUAAGGCGUGUGCGGCUCGAGCUGCCUCCGUCCGAGGGGACGGGGCUGGCGAUGCUCAGCCAAGGCGCUGAAGGUUCUAUAGCAAAGCCGUGCCCUGCGGGGAGAAAACCGGGCUCAGAAACUCUGACAGAAAGCAAAAUCCGGAAUUAGCAGCUUUUCCCGAACUGAUCCACCUCCACAUUCAAGUAAUUUAUGAAUAUGCUGAAUAGGGAAUCUGUUCAUCUAGAACUUUUUUACCAUUUGUCUUCUGUGUAGCUGCGAGGAACACUAACGUUUCGACAACUGUCAGUCCUACCAGUGAUGCAACUUGUACUGAUUCAGUCUUCCGAGGUUUUGGGGGUUUUUUUAGGGUGUUUUUGGGGUGGGGGCGGUGGGGAAGGCGCCGGGGGCAGGGCUGGGGGGGUUCACCUUUGUAUCCCGCAGGCAGAGUACGACCCGUGUCCCAACGCCAACCACGCCAGGAAUGGCGAGAUUGCAGCAGAAACAAGCACAAAUCGAGAAUACCGCGAAAAAAUUCUAAAAAAAAGGGGAAUAUCGAUUAAAAAUAAGAAUUAGUCCACUGGUUGACUGGAAAAAACCACAGAGGUGGAAUAUGGAAUGAAUUCAUAUGGAAUAUGGAUUCCAACACAGCGGGGCACAGGGCCCGGGGGGCCCGACCUUUUCCUUUGGCGUUUCUUUUGUUCAUUCGUUCCUUUUAAUUUUGAUUAAAACAAAAAGAUGUUCUUUCUCAUGGGACUUGAAGUUGAUCCAUAUUCGUGCAGUGCUGGUUUGACCAUACUCAUUUCAAGUAUUAUAGACUUAUGUAAUGGUGAAGAUAUAUGAACUGUGGCCUUUUUCAUUCUUGUUACUUGUGAUGCAAUUAAGUGACGAUAAGAGAACAAACAAGCAGAGAUUUACCAUGUAUCAGUGCCUGGCUUUUUGUUAUAAAGCUUCGUUUGUCUAGUGCUCUUUUUGCUAUAAAAUAGACUGUAGUACACCCUAGUAGGAGAAAAAAGAAAAAAAAAACUAAAUUUAAAAAUAAAAAGACCUAUAUUUGGCUUAUUUUUCACAGGAGCAAUCCUUUUAUACCAGGAAUAUUACGGAAAAAGAAAAAAAAUGGUCAGAUUCUGAAUAUUUCUUCUUUGUAGAUUUUUGGAAUCAUUCUGAGUAAAAGUUUGUUACUUUAUUUUACUAUUUAAAAGACGUUAUUUUACCAUGUGUUAUGGAGAUGAAACUGUACGGUAGCUUUUCCUUUUAGUUGUAGGUCGCAACGGGGACGUUUUUGCGACUGUACACGUAGGCGCGGCAGUAAAAACGGGGGAAAAAACGAGAAAAAAAGGGAAAAACACACAAAAAAACACAAAAAAAAUGAACAGUUACACCUUGUUUUCAAUGUGUGGCUGAGUGCCUCGAUUUUUUCAUGUUUUUUGGUGUAUUUCUGAUUUGUAGAAGUGGCCGAACAGGUUGCGCGCUGGAGUUGUUCCCGCAGCGAGAGCCGCCCAGGGCAGCUUGUUGGGCCGGUACCUGUUUCUCAUCUGUAGUUACUCAAUGCCGUCAUGUACAUGACCGUUCUGUAGCAAUAAAUGUGCCAUUUUUAUAAA